GGGACCCAGGCUGUACGUGCCCCCCGCCUCCCAGGAUUGCAGUGGCCCCAGCCCGAGGGGUUUUCCUGCUGCAGGGGGGACACUCGCUGCUUGCAUGGUGACCGCGAUGUCCUGAAGGGGCCCAGGAAGGAGGCAGCGGCUGGGUCAGGACACCUGGCCCAGGGAAGGAGCAGCCGGAGGUGCAGCCAUUCGCUGCUGUGACUCUGGGCCGGCCUGGGCUCCCGGCCCCGCUCUCCGGCCAGGUCAAAGUAGCCGCAGGGCCAGGUGCCCCCUCCCCGCCCCCAGCGCCGCCCGUGGAUGGGACUCCUGCCAGCUGGGCUGCUUUGCUGGCCACAAAUCCUGGCCCGAUGCCUUGGCGAUUUGCCCAGUCGUCACCUGCCCUUGGUGCCAUGGGGCUGAGACCCACAGGGGAUGUCUUUGCCCCCUGCCCAAUCCUCUGCAGGGCACGGUCCGUCAGGGCUCAUUUCUCACCAUGCCAGCCUCAAGCUAGGGCCCCUGUGUGCUGCAUGGACAGCCGUGCCCCCCCACUCAGACACACCCCACCACUGCGACAGCCCCAUCUUAGCCCCAUCUUAGCCGGACGCCUCCAGGCACAGCCCCCUGCAGCCCCCACCUGUGCAGGCCAGCUCAGGGCUAGCGUUUCGCCCCUGAGCUGUGGCCACAGGGCCGAUCUGCAAGCGGUGGGUGCAGAGGGGGCCUCAUGUCAGAGGGGGCCUGUGGGGAGCCCCCACCCUGCCAUGGUCUGUCUGGAUGCAGCGGGGGCUCCUGGAGCGGGGGGAUAGUGGGUUUGCCCUGUGCCAUGGGACUGAGCAGCCUGUCCCUGGGGGCACCCCCCACUGCUCCCCAAGUGCGAUCCAGUUUGUGGCAAGGUGCCCAUGACUGGGCACAGAUGCCGGCCUGGGGGUUGCCGCAUAGUGGUUCUUGUGCUGAGCUGUGGUUGUCCAAAUCCAGCUGAGGGAGUCUGAUGGACCCCAGAUACCCUCUCCCAAGCCACGGGGUCUGACCCACAGGCAGGGUGACGACUGACAGGGCCCCAGGGCUGAGCAGGGGCCUCCUUUGGGGCUGGAAAUGGGGGGGUGGGCAGUGGUGCUGGCAAUGGCGGUGCUGCCCCUGACUUGGCGAAGUAAUAACCCAAAUCUGGGGUUUCCAUCACCAGCGCCCCCUCGACAACACAUGUUCCAGUGUCCCCCCACGGUCUCUGCCUGGAGGGCCUGGCGCUCCGGGGGCUCGGAGGUGCACCGUGCCACGGACAUGUGCGGCCACGCCAGCGCCUCUGACUCGUCAGGGACGGACGCGGCUCGGCUGCUGGGCGCCCUUUGUUGGGGCAAGCUCCACAGGGCCUCCUGCCGCCUGCUCCUGGCACUGCUCUGCUCGCUGGCUGCGGCCCGGCAGAGCGAGCCCCUGUGCUGCCACCAGAAGACCUGCCCAUGCCGUGUCUACGACCUGCUGCACGGUCCGGGCAAGCACGCUGCCGGCAUCCUCACCAUGGGCAAGAGGAAGAGCGGCUCGCGGGCCUUCCAGAGCCAGCUCUACGACCUGCUGCACGGCCCGAGCAAGCACGCUGCAGGCAUCCUCACCAUGGGCAAGAGGAAGAGCGGCUCGCGGGCCUUCCAGAGCCAGCUCUACGACCUGCUGCACGGCCCGGGCAAGCACGCUGCAGGCAUCCUCACCAUGGGCAAGAGGAAGAGUGGCUCGCGGGCCUUCCAGAGCCAGCUCUACGACCUGCUGCACGGCCCGGGCAAGCACGCUGCAGGCAUCCUCACCAUGGGCAAGAGGAAGAGCGGCUCGCGGGCCUUCCAGAGCCAGCUCUACGACCUGCUGCACGGCCCGGGCAAGCACGCUGCCGGCAUCCUCACCAUGGGCAAGAGGAAGAGCGGCUCGCGGGCCUUCCAGAGCCAGCUCUACGACCUGCUGCACGGCCCGAGCAAGCACGCUGCAGGCAUCCUCACCAUGGGCAAGAGGAAGAGCGGCUCGCGGGCCUUCCAGAGCCAGCUCUACGACCUGCUGCACGGCCCGGGCAAGCACGCUGCAGGCAUCCUCACCAUGGGCAAGAGGAAGAGUGGCUCGCGGGCCUUCCAGAGCCAGCUCUACGACCUGCUGCACGGCCCGGGCAAGCACGCUGCAGGCAUCCUCACCAUGGGCAAGAGGAAGAGCGGCUCGCGGGCCUUCCAGAGCCAGCUCUACGACCUGCUGCACGGCCCGGGCAAGCACGCUGCCGGCAUCCUCACCAUGGGCAAGAGGAAGAGCGGCUCGCGGGCCUUCCAGAGCCAGCUCUACGACCUGCUGCACGGCCCGGGCAAGCACGCUGCCGGCAUCCUCACCAUGGGCAAGCGGGCAGAGCUGGUGCCAGAGCAGCCAGCCCCGGCCUGCCGGGCUGCCUUCCCCGGCCCCUCCGGCACUGGCACCCUGCUGCCUCCAGCCACGUGUGCCACCAAGGCUGACCCCACCAACACCUGGGAGUGCCUGAGCCAGCUGGGCAAGGACUCGGCCAAGGGCCAGCACAGGGGGGCUGCAACGAGCUUUUCCUGAAGUGGCCAGGGAAGCCGCAGCCCGGGGGCGGGGGAGCGGGGGAGGAACCGCAGCAACUCUUUUAAUGACUGUGGGCACCACGGGCCAUUUACAAAUAAACCCAGCCUGAGGCUCAC